AUGCUGGUUAAGUCUCCUGCAACUGGUAUCAUUCCAACUCCCGAAAAUUAUGGAAAAAUCUUAAAGCAGAGGGAUAUCAAUUUCUAUAUAAAAAAGUAUAUGAGUGGCUUACAAACCAGAAUGAAUAGCAAAAACAUGCCCCACCACCAAAGAUACUCCAUGGAUGUAGCUAGCAGGUUCAAGGCGAGUGUUCCUCUCACAUCGAAGAAAAGUUCAGAGGUUGCUAAAGCAUUCGAAAAAAUUUAUGAUAAUUCCAAUAACCCUCUUAUAUACCCGACACUUCUACAAUGUGAUAAUGGGAAAGAAUGGGCAGGACAGACAAGCCAACUAAUGAAAGAACAUGGUGUAGUAAUUCGAGUUAUUGGUCCAUAUUCCUAUCGUGGUAUAGCAAUUGUGAAGAGAUUUAAUAAACUCUAG